UCCAAACAAACCAAGCAGAUCAUCUCAUCUCAGGCAGUGAAGUAUCAAGAGACCGGCCGGAGAAGGGAAGGAGCUAGCUGAUUAAGCUAGCGAAGAUGCAGCACGCGAAGGAGAAGGUGAAGGACGGCGCGAGUGCGGCCAAGGCCAAGACCAAGGUGGCGCAGGCCAAGGCGGAGGAGAAAGCGGAGACGGCGACGGCGAGGUCGCACGCCGAGCGGGAGCUGGCGCACGAGCGCGGCAAGGCCAAGGUCGCCGCCGCCAAGAUGGAGCUGCACCAGGACAAGGCGCUCCACCGCGAGGAGGCCAUCGAGCACCGCCUCCACAAGCACGGGCACGGGCUCGCCGGCGGGUACGGACACCACAACAAGCAUGGAGUGGCCGCCGCGCCGGCGCCGGCGCCGGGUGCGGGGGCGUACUACCCUCCUGCCGCCGGCACUGGCCACUACUAAGCACGAUGCGCGCGUACGUGUGUGACUCGCUAAUAGCUAUGCGUUUUAAGUUCGUCUUUAGUUACUAGCUACCCGCCGUGUGUAGUGUAGAACGGAAGUGUUCGUCGUUCGUGCGUGUUCUUGUUGCUGUGGCCGUGCCCAAUCUGGAGAUGACACCAGCUGAACGUCUGUACUGUAGUGUUUGUUUUCAAAAGGAUAAAUCUACAUAUGAUGUGUU